CUAAGGCCUCGCGUCGCGUAACUAGGCCGAAGGGCACAGAGUUAGCGCGCGCCCGCCCGCGGCACUUCCGACUCAGCCCCUAGGAUCAGGUUCCGGGGCCCCGCGGAGGUCCCGGCCUGUGGCCUGCGCGUGGCGCUCUGGAGAAUCCAGCGCCACGCGCCUUGCGGUGGCCAGGAUGGAGGAGGCCGGGGCGGCGGUGGUCACGGCCGGGGAGGCCGAGCUGAACUGGUCCCGCCUCAGCGUGUCCCCCGAGACGCUGGAGUCUGAGCUGGAGGCGCGGGGCGAGGAGAGGCGCGGCGCGCGGGAGGCGCUGCUACGGCUGCUGCUGCCUCACAACCGUCUUGUAUCGCUGCCGCGGGCGCUGGGCAGCGGCUUCCCGCACCUCCAGCUGUUAGACGUGAGCGGCAACGCGUUGACCGUGCUUGGGCCGGAAUUGCUCGCUCUGCGCGGCUUGCGCACGCUCCUGGCCAAGAACAACCGGCUCGGCGGGCCCAGUGCGCUGCCCAAGGGCCUGGCCCAGUCGCCGCUCUGCCGCAGCCUCCAGGUGCUCAAUCUCAGCGGCAACUGUUUCCAGGAGGUUCCUGCUUCGCUCCUAGAGCUGCGCGCGCUUCAGACCCUGAGCUUGGGCGGCAACCAGCUGCAGAGCAUCCCGGCUGAGAUCGAGAACUUGCAGAGGUUAGAGUGUUUAUAUCUUGGAGGAAAUUUCAUUAAAGAAAUCCCACCAGAAUUAGCAAAUCUGCCUUCUCUAAAUUACUUGGUGUUAUGUGACAACAAAAUCCAAAGUGUACCUCCUCAACUUUCACAGUUGCAUUCACUUCGUUCCCUAAGUCUUCACAAUAACUUGCUGACGUACCUGCCUCGAGAGAUCCUCAACCUUAUUCAUCUGGAAGAGUUGAGUUUACGAGGAAAUCCAUUGGUUGUUCGUUUUGUUAGAGAUUUAACCUAUGAUCCUCCAACUCUCCUGGAAUUAGCUGCACGGACCAUUAAGAUCCGAAAUAUUUCCUACACUCCCUAUGAUCUUCCUGGGAAUCUUCUUAGAUACUUGGGUUCAGCCAGCAAUUGCCCAAACCCAAAGUGUGGAGGAGUCUACUUUGACUGCUGUGUCAGACAAAUUAAAUUUGUGGACUUCUGUGGGAAGUAUCGCCUCCCACUGAUGCACUACUUAUGUUCGCCAGAAUGCUCUUCCCCUUGCAGUUCUGCCUCUCACAGCUCCACAUCCCAAAGUGAAUCUGACUCAGAAGAUGAAGCUAGUGUUGCUGCACGCAGAAUGCAGAAAGUUCUUCUUGGUUGAACAAGAGUGCACUGUAGUGUGAAAUACUUAAAAACUAAGCAAAGAUGGUUAGAAAAGAAAAUAGAGCUUGAAGCUCACUAGAAACCUUAUCUUUAUCUUAAGUGUUCAUGAAAGAGUCUGGGAUGAUAUAAAACAUUUUGUGUUUCAUCUACCCUUUCAGCAGGAAUGAGUCUAGUCCCAUGUUUAGAUUCUUUUAAUAUAAUUUAUUGUGAAUGAUAGUUCCACAUUUGACUGAUGGUUUGCAGUUUUCACUCAAGUUUUGCAUGAAUCACAAAGUGGAAUGGCACCUUCUGAAGAGCAGUUCUACAAUAAGCCAUGAGUAGUAUAACUUGUGGCAGUUGAGAUGGAGAAAGUGAGAAAUUAUCUAAGUUGUAAUUAUCAGAGUUGCCCUUGUGUUUAGGUAGAACACUAUAUACCAUAUAUACUAUAUAUACCAUAUAUAUAUUAUAUACCAUAAACAGGAUUAACCCUCCCUUUUUUUAUUGCCUGGAUGUCUAGAUUACAGAACUAUUCAGAGAAGCUUACAGAUGUUUACAUAGGACCUACACCUUUCUGACAAACUAAGUGGUAAAGUAAGGCAUAUAACAUGUAAGUGGGUUAUUAAAACUUCUUAAUUCUUUUCCUUUGUUCUAUAUGAUUGCUGUUAACUUUAUGUAAUCCAGCAUACAGUGCCUUAAUCCAGCAUGGAUAUAAAAAUGUAUUCAAGAAAUAAUGCCAGAGCAACCUAUAACCUGGCAUACUAUACAGAAAACCUCAAAAUAUUCUUGAACAGAACUAGUUAAAUAACUGUAUAUCUAAUAUCUGAUCUCAUGGCCCUCUUAAAAUUUUUUGUUUAAAUGUUUAGUCAUCCCUUAGAAGCACAUUACUUCUACACUUAAUGGUAGGCCACAAUCUUAAUCUGUUUAUCAUAAGACAGAGUAAGAAUUUUUGACAGAAAAUUCUGUAAGAGAUAUAAUCUGGGACAGCUUCUUUAUAUCUUGCAUUAAAUGGGUGGAGAAAAAUAUGACUCUUGCCCAUGGCAUGUAUCGGACCAUCUUUCUCUGCUUUUUAAAGAAAAACUAAUACAACUAGAAAAACACCACAACAAGCCAAAUAAAAAUGGAGAAAGGAGUCAUUGUCUUUAUACAUAAUAGAACAGUUUCCAGAACUAUUUUAACCAUGGAAGCAUUUUAGAAAAUAAAGUAUUAAUAAAAUAGAAAAAAAUAUUAAAUGUAUCCUUAAUGUAUAGCAGGGAAAUAGUUUCACAAAUUAAUUAUUAUUAGAAAUUACCAAAUUUUUAUUAACUAGUUUAAUAUGCAAUACAAAUUGAAUAAUAGUACAAGUUGAUAAAAUGUAAAUGCUUACUGGUAAUCAUUAGAUAACUAAUAAUAACAUGAUUUGUUGGUAAAUGUUAAAAAUACAGUAAGAAAUGUUAAAUAUACAGGUCAGAUAAGCAUUACAACAUCAGGUGAUAACCUUUUCUGAUUUCUGGCAUUCAUGGCACACCAUUUCUUAAAAGCAAAUUGUUAUAUAGUAACAUAUACAUGUAUUAAGAGUUUUUUCAUAUAUGUUUUGUAUUUUAGAAACUAGUAUAAUUCAGGGUUUUUAUGUUUAUUUUUAUGUUAAUUCAUGAAACAUGAGAGUUUCAUGAACUGCAGAAUGUGAAACGCUGCUAUAGAACAAAUCCCUUUACCUUGACCUUGUUAUAAUGUAGUAAGAUUUUGUAUUCCUUUUGAUUCAGAAAUUUUCUGUGUCUAUAGAAGUAAUCUUAUAUGUUCCUACUGCCUAGAAGAGUGAUACAUAGGUGAUUAUAUCAUAAAAUAUAGUCUUUGCUUGUAACUCCAUGGGAGGGAGCCACAGCAAGCUGCAGACUUUACAGUUAUAAAAGGUAAAGAUGACUUAGGCUGUGCCUAAGUGACAAAUAUAAAAUGUUUUGUAAAUAAGUGACUUAGCUAAGAUACAUAAGAUAUUUUCAUAGAAAAUAAUGUAUUCAUAGUAAAGUACUCAAAUUGAUAGGAUCAACUUUCUCUGGCUUAAAUGCGUGUGCUUACUUCCUAAUCAAUUACCAGCUUGACCUAAGUAACUGCUUGAGUAGUCUUCUAAGAGUUAGUCUUCAUAAAAUAAAUGGGUAAGUAUGUAAAUAUAUAACCUUACAUACCCUUUCCAGCUUCCUAGAAAGAAGAUCUACUGCUUUCAUCUUUAACAGAUGUAAAUAGGUCCAGCCAGACACAGUUUCUGGCCUUUACAUAUAAGAAUAUAGAUGUAUACUACAGUAUUAUUUCAACAAAAUGUUAUGGUUCUAUGUAUAGUUGAAAAAUCUAUGAUCGGUGUGCAACUGUCUUUGGUAAUUUUUAGUGAAGUCUGUGUUAUAUCUGUCAGUUUUAUCUUUCUUAAAAUCUUUGACCUAACCUUUUGUAAGAGGAGCUAAUGAUUUCUAAGAUUUUCCCUGUUUCUUUUUCCUAUCUUUUCUUUUUUCCAGAUUAAUUAAUCUGAAGUCAGAUAUAAGGGACUUGAUAAUCUAGAAACCAGAUAAUCAGCUCCCAAGUCAUAUAGCUAACUACGUGUUGUCAGCUCCCAAGUCAUGUAGCUAACUAUGUAUUUAAAAUAACAGUCUGUCUCUUUAGUUCCUAAGUCAUAUAUUUGUGUUUAAUUACAGUAAAUAAACUUUAAUUGGGGGGUUUUAAAAGACAGAGUCAGUGAAGUCUAAUUU